GGGGCUGUAAUCAUGGCUUCCAUUAGUUACCAGAUGUCUUUAUCACAAUGUAGAGGAGAAAAUGUAGCUCUUUGAAUAGAGUCAGAGCAACCAUUAGCUAGCAAAGAGGUGGGGAUGGAAAAAAAUAAACAACUCUUCCUGAUCCGACAGUGCUGCAUGCCACGAGACUGGCACUGUGUGGAUCUACUCAAGCCUAUAAUCACACCCCAAGCAGCAGGACACCAAUCCUAUCCAGAAGCCUGCCGCUCUGCUGUGUACUUUUUGUGUUCUUAAGCAAAGGGACAGAGGAAAAAGUGUAGCAAGGGAACCAGAAUGACAGAGAAGACAGACAGUCUGGCGUGUGCUGAGUCAGAGCUGGCGCAGUGCGAGGCCGAGGUUGGGACUUUACUCCAAAUCAUAUCUGAGCUUAAUGUGAAGAUGAGUGCUCUGAAAAUACCACGGGAUCCAAGAGACUAUGAGACACAGACUCAAGCCUGUAAGCCAGUUUCAGAGCUGAAGCCCAGUCCCCUGGUACCACAGAACAGCCCAGUGGCUCAUAGAGGAACAGCAUCUGUGAAGUCAUUCACCAAACAAUACUCAGAGAAAUAUGAAGCCACAGGGUGCAGUGCAGAGCUAUGGACAAAGCUCCAGGAGGUUUUGUCCACUCUGGAGUCAUCUGCAGUCAGAGGGAGAAAGCUGGUCACUCCCCAUGUUCACGAUGAUAAAAAAGCUCAGGAGGAGCACAUUUCUGCCGCACGUAAUACAUGGGUUCAUGCCACACAAGUAUUAGUAGAAAUGGAGAGGGAGCUUGGAAUCUCGUACCCAUCUGCUUUACCUACUAAAGAGCGUCAAAAGUAUCAAAAAGAGGUUCUGUCACUGAGUAAACUCAACCGGAAACUGAGCAGCAGCCUGCAGAAAUAUCAAGAAGAACAGAAGAAAAUGGAAGAAUCCAUUUUGGAGAUAGAGGAAGAGAAGAAAAGACUUCGAGAGAAGUUGGACGAGCUGAAAAACAAAUGGCUGAUUACAGCUAGUUGUUCCCCUCCCAGAAGUCCAUCCUUGUCCUUUAGUAGGACCCCAAGCCCUCAUUGGGCAUCUCCUCCAUUCCCAGCGUCUCCUCUUAUCUCGCGUAGAAUGCCCAUCUCACCCCUUGGCUCUCCGUCCAGGCCACCAAGACCCAGUUCUGGCAACUCAGUUCUGGAAACUGAGACGGAGCAUCUCCAGAGGUCCUUGGAGAGACUGAAAUCAAGAAACGAGCGUCUAACAGCAGCUCUAGAGAGACGAAAAAGCGAGUCAGAACAGAUCAGCAUGGCUCUAAGCCGCCACGAGGCUGACUACUCGGCACUGCACAUGGCCCUCACAUACUGUGAAGAAUGUGAAGAGGCUUACAGUGAGCUGAUGUGCUUGCAUGAAGCCAGGAAAGGACAGAAUGCUGCGUUAGCAGAGCAAGAACAAACUGCCCCAGAACAAACUGCCAAUUUGAAUACUGCUAAUGAGGAGUCAUCCUGUACAACAGUGAGCACCCAGAACAGUUUGUCCUCAGAGGAAUUUGAAGAAAAGACUAGAGUCAUUCAGCAGAGGAUUGGCCGUCUGAAGCAGGACAGGGCAGCAGUGUGUAUUCCUCAGGAGACCAGGAGAGGAGAAGGGAAGCUCAGCCCUGAUACAGGCACACUGGCUGGAGCAAGAAGGCUAAGCUAUCUGUCCUCAAACAACCCCAAAGAAGAGAAAACAGCCCUACUGCAUGAACUAGUCAAUGCCAGGGAGGAGAUGUCUGAGUUGCGGGAACUCAUCAGGCUGAAGGAAAAGGAGCGGUGCUCUUUAGAGCUUUCUUUUGUGGCCCAUAGGUGUCAUGGUUCAGCUGGGGCUGCCUUGGCACAGAGCCUGCGAGAGGAGCUGGAGGAAAGGAGUGCAGAUCAACAGAGGAUAGAGGAGUAUCGGGCCAAGCUGGAGUGUGGAGAGUUAAAUCCUGGGCCAAGGAGUCAUGCCAUCAUGACAGAACUUCAGGCAGUGAUUCAAAGGGAGCAGACCCUGAAGAGAAGAGUGACAUCUUUACGAGAGUUGUUGGACACAGAGAUGUUAGAAUGCACCACACAAAGGAGAGUUAACAAGGAGGAAGUCACCCGCCUCUUGUUCUUUCACAAUAAAGCCAUGAGUGCAUGCAGGAACGCUCGCAAAAAACACCACGAGCAGCUGUGGAGGAUCGAGCGACAAAUGACAGCUAUGCAGGAACGUCACGAGUCUCAACUGACUGAACUUAAGACCACGCUGGAGGCACUGAAGUGGAAGAAAGAGGAGACAGUGCUCUAAAAAAACAUUUUAUGAACUGGAAUGUAACUGCAAUAAAAAAAAUAAUUGGGCUUAAUAUUGUAUGUAACUUAAGUUCCAGGAGGCACCUUAGAUCAGUGGAGUUUAUUACAUUGUUUAGGUCGCAGUGAAAAGUUUCAUUUAGGCAUCUCAAUGAAAGGAACAUUGCCAAAUUAUUUGCAAAGCAAUGCCUUAAGUGUCCUUUAAACCUUUCAGUAUAAACCACACUAGAGAUAA